UGUGUUUAUUUCUCUCUCUUUCUCUCUCUAGUUUAGAAUCAUAAACUCAUAAGUAUUUUGCAUUUAUAUUUCUGGAAAUUUUUAUUUUAGAUUCGGAGAGAUCUACGGGGUUUUGAUCUUUUUCUUUCUUUUUUUUCUUUUUUUUUUUUUUUGGGUUUCAUUUCUGUAAUCAUCACUAUUCGAUUCAAGAUUUUCCCUUUCUUACCUCCUGAAAAAAUUUCAAAAUUUUCCUACUUCCCUUUUUUUCCCUCCCUCUCAUUGCGGAUCUGAGAAGUAAUGAAAGAGAUUUGGCAGAUUUUAUAGCUCUAGUAGUAAAGUCUUUUUUUUUUUUUUCCUUUUUUUUCCGCCCUAAGAUCUAAUCUUAUCUUCGGAAAUUCCGCUAUUCUCUUCCAAAGAUCCAGGAUUUAUUUACUUACCAGAUCAAAACUAUAAAAUUUGCUUUGAGUUUCCUACAAAAAUUCGAUUUUUUGUUUGUUUGUUUGUUUGGAUAAAAAGAAAGUGAGGAGAAAGAUGAAUUACUUCCCAGACGAGGUGAUAGAGCACGUAUUCGACUACGUGACGACUCAUAAAGAUCGAAACGCGUUGUCGUUGGUGUGCAAAUCGUGGUACAGAAUCGAGAGGCUGAGCAGGCUGAGGGUGUUCAUCGGGAACUGCUACGCGAUCAGCCCGGAGAGGACGGUGGAGAGGUUUCCGGGGCUGAGGUCGUUGACUCUGAAAGGAAAGCCUCAUUUCGCCGACUUCAAUUUGGUGCCUCAUGAGUGGGGAGGCUUUGUUUUUCCAUGGAUUGAAGCCCUCGCCAGAAGCCGUGUUGCGUUGGAGGAGCUCAGGCUUAAGAGGAUGGUCGUGUCCGAUGAGAGCCUUGAGCUUCUCUCUCGCUCAUUCGCUAAUUUCAAGUCGUUGGUUCUUGUUAGUUGUGAGGGGUUUACUACUGAUGGACUCGCUGCUAUAGCUGCCAAUUGCAGGCAUCUCAGGGAGCUGGAUCUUCAAGAGAAUGAGAUUGAGGAUAACAGAGGCCAGUGGCUUAGCUGCUUUGCCGACAACUGCACGUCACUCGUAUCCCUCAAUUUCGCAUGCCUCAAAGGAGAAAUUAACUUAGCAGCGCUUGAGAGGCUCGUUGCAAGGUCUCCCGAUCUCAGAGUCUUGAGAGUAAACCGUGCUGUCCCUCUUGACGCACUCCAGAAAAUACUGAUGAAAGCUCCCCAACUAGUGGACCUUGGUACUGGGUCUUAUGUCACAGAUUCCCGUUCUGAUGCCUACAACAAACUAAAAUCCACCCUUCUAAAAUGCCAAUCAAUUCGGAGCUUGUCAGGGUUUUUGGAGGUUGUACCUUGGUGCCUGCCUGCUUUUUAUCCUGUUUGCUCGAACUUAACAUCUUUGAAUCUGAGUUAUGCACCAGGCAUAUACGGUUUUGAGCUCAUUAAGUUAAUUCGUCACUGCGUGAAACUUCAGCGAUUGUGGAUACUAGAUUGUAUUGGAGACAAAGGACUAUCAGUUGUAGCUUCCACUUGUAAAGAGUUGCAAGAAUUGAGGGUUUUCCCAUCUGAUCCAUACGGAUUAGGUCAUGCUGCUGUUACUGAAGAAGGACUUGUUGCGAUAUCCGUGGGUUGCCCUAAGCUCCAUUCCCUGCUAUAUUUCUGCCAGCAGAUGACCAACGCGGCCCUCAUAACUGUGGCCAAGAAUUGCCCUAAUUUUAUUCGCUUCAGGUUAUGCAUCCUGGACCCUACGAAACCGGACCCUGUGACCUCACAGCCGUUGGAUGAAGGUUUCGGGGCAAUUGUUCAGGCAUGCAAAAGUCUUAGGCGGUUGUCGCUCACUGGCCUUCUAACUGACCAAGUCUUCCUCUACAUUGGAAUGUAUGCUGAGCAGCUUGAAAUGCUCUCUGUGGCUUUUGCUGGGGACAGUGACAAAGGGAUGCUUUAUGUGUUGAGAGGGUGUAAGAAACUUCGCAAGCUUGAGAUCAGGGACUGCCCCUUUGGUGAUGUUGCUCUCUUGACGGACGUGGGAAAGUAUGAAACAAUGCGAUCCCUUUGGAUGUCGUCCUGCGAAGUUACCCUAGGUGCAUGCAAGACAGUGGCGAGGAAGAUGCCGAGUCUUAACGUUGAGAUCAUAAACGAACACGAUCAGACUGAGUUUUGCCUUGAUGAUGAUGAGCAGAAGGUAGAGAAGAUGUAUCUUUAUCGAACGACGGUAGGGCCCAGGACUGACGCACCGGAGUUUGUGUGGACUCUUUAGGUUCAUUUUGGUCUUUAGGCUUCCAAUUUUACCUUUCUUUUUUUUUUUCAAUUUUAAUUUAAUUUUAUUUUUACUAGUUCAAGCUGUACUUUGUUUAGUGAACAGAUAAAUUAAAUUUUAGACCGGGGGUUUAGUUGUGUGUUUGUUGUUUACUCGGGAGGGAUUGAUCUAUUUCCUAGUAAUCCAUGUUCUUAUAAAUAGAAGUUUAAUAUUUCCAAA